AUGGCGCAGGCCCUGUGCUCCGGCCUCUGCAGCGCGCUGUCCAAACAAAACGUGCUUUUGUACUCACGGCCUGUGGCUGCAAGCCGCGGCCCGGCGCUCGCAGGCGCCGCCCCGCCGCUCGCCGCCGCUGUGCCACCCGCCGGCCGCCGGAGCGGAGCAGUUGCGGCGCGGGCGGCGCGCGGCGGCAACCUGCUGGACAGCGACACGUCCACCUCCCUGGGCAAGAG